AUGAACUCGAAAUACCCACCAUACACAAACGACAACACAACCCCACCCACAAUCUCAUUACGUGAUUAUGACGAUGCAGAAUGGGCGGAAACCACAUGUGUUGACUACAAACCUGAUUCGCAAAGUUAUGUCAUUGUUGACUUGGACAAGACUGAUCAUAUUGUGGCUCAUAUUGACCAAAAUGACAAUAAGGUACUAGAUAUCAUUUUCGCUAGUGCCAAGGAAACUCAUUCAAAGCAGCAGCAACUGCAACAGUAA